AUGUCCACCCCCGACCCACCUGUAUGGGCCAAACCCAACGAUGUAGAAGCAUUCAGACAGAUGUAUGAGGCCGACUCUACUGAAUUAUUCGACAACAUCGCCACCCUCGUCCAGCGCGUCCGCCUCCAAAGGGACACCCUCCAUGCACAACUCACCGCCGCUAAUGAAACCAUUGACAACCUCGAGGAGCAGAUAAACCGGCUCAACCUCGACCUCAAUGUCGCCCGCACUGCGCCCGCCCCUACCGUCGCUGUCCCCGUUGCCGCUGCUCCCCCACCUGCUCCUGUCCUCGCCUUUAGGUCCGAAAAGUUUCCAGACCCUGAAAAGUUUGAUGGCACCCGCACCAAGCUCCCCGGAUUCACCACCCAACUUCGAAUGAAACUUGAAGACAACCAUGAUCAGUUCCGAAACGAGGCAGCAAAGGUUAUUUAUGCCGUCAGUCGCUUGGAAGGAAGGGCCCUUGACCAGGUCGUUCCACUCGUUAACGCUAACCCUGCCGCCCCCUUCUCCUCCGUCACUGCCUUUGUUGCCCACCUGGAAGCCUCGUUUGGAGACCCAGACCCCCGGGGUACAGCCCGUCGCCAACUCGUUGCCCUGAAGCAAGGCAAAUGGGACUUCGCUACCUAUUACUCGCAGUUCCUCCGUAUCGCGGCAUACCUGGACUACAACGAAGGAGCCAAGAUCGAUGCCCUAGCCGAAGGACUGUCGGAAGACCUGAAGGACGCCAUGACAUACCGGACAGACAGGCCUAACACCGUCGAGGCCUAUGCCACCAUGUUGAUGACAAUUGAUAACCAGGUUCGGGGCCGCAAAGCUGAACAACGGGCCAUCCGGAAUACGAUGGGACAAUUCACCGCCCCCGCCGCUGUCGCACACCCAUCUCACACCGCCGGAGGCCUCGCCCCAAUGGACCUCUCCGCUCUCCAAAGCCGUCCUACGCAACGCCCUGCCAUCGAACAACGAUACACUUUUAUCAAUGGACAACGCAAAACCUCUGCCGCCGAAAAACAAUGGGGAAGGGACAACAAUCUCUGUAUGCACUGCGCUAACCCCGGUCAUGUCUUUGCCAACUGCCCCUCUGCCAAUCGCCCGCGUGGUAACCAACCGAUUAUGAGGGGCGCCCUUCUCGCACCCAUCCCGGGCUUGAUCAAUGGCCUCUGCCCGGGACCUUCCAAUGUUUCUCCUUUGUCUGCGUUUUCCAUCUCUGCCUUCUCGGUAUCGUCUGUGGAGGAUAAAUUGGAUAGAGAUCAUUUUGUUGCUUCUUGUAAAAUUAUAAACAAUAAAAUAUCCAUUCAAACUCACGCAUUGAUUGAUACCGGUUGCUCCGGAUUCGCAUUCAUUGAUGAAACAUUCGCGCGCCAUAACAACUUCCCAUUUCUCCCCCUUAAAUCACCCCGCACUCUUGAAGUCAUUGACGGACGGCCCAUAUCUUCCGGACAAAUUACCCACCUCUGCUACCUACCGCUAUCAAUAGACUCCCACCAUGAAACUAUUCCCUUCUUCAUUACCAAACUCGGCUCAUACCCACUCGUCCUCGGAAUCCCCUGGCUCCAAUUGCACGAUGUCACAUUACGGUUUAAGAACAACAGUAUACUGUUCGACUCCGAAUACUGCAAACGCAAGUGCAACUCUUCCGCGAUACCCGUCCCCAUUAAGGGGGUUGCACCACCGCCCCGUUUCCACCUCGUCAGUUCAGCUGCUCUUUGUCGCUUUGCUCGAAGGGACAAACUCCAAAUCUUUAGUACAACUAUUGAGGAGAUAGAUCAAACAAUGGUCGAGGCCCCUAAGGAAGACUGGAGAACCCGAGUCCCAGCCCAGUAUAAGAGGUUUCAUGAGAUGAUGGACGAGAAAUUCGCUAAUGAGAUGCCACCUCGCCGCCCCUACGAUCAUAAGAUACCGCUUAAGGAAGGGAAAGAGCCCCCUUUUGGGCCACUUUAUGGUAUGUCCCGUGAGGAACUCAUUGUGCUUAAACGAUACAUACAGGACAACCUCCAGAAAGGCUUCAUUCAGGCCAGUUCUUCGCCUGCCGGUGCGCCUGUACUAUUUGUUAAAAAGGCCGAUGGAACACUCCGCCUCUGUGUCGAUUAUCGGGGCCUCAACGAACUCACUGUCAAAAACCGCUACCCGCUGCCACUCAUUCGGGAAACUCUCGACCGCCUUUCUAAAGCCAAGUGGUACACCAAACUUGACCUUGACCAAGGGUAUAAUCAGAUCCGAAUGGCUGAGGGUGAAGAAUGGAAAACAGCCUUCCGAACGCGUUACGGGUACUUUGAAUAUACGGUGAUGCCCUUUGGCCUUACCAACGCACCAGCCACCUUUCAACAUUUCAUCAAUGAUUGCGUCCGUGACUACCUUGAUAUGUUCUGUACAGCGUACCUCGACGAUAUUCUUAUUUACAGCAACACCUUCGAGGAACAUCAAAUACACGUUGAAAAGGUCCUGGAAGCCCUACAAAGAAAUGGAAUACUUUUGAAACCGGAGAAAUGCGAAUUUCAUACACAAAGCACCACCUAUCUCGGCCUUAUUAUCGAACCCAAUGGUAUUAAAAUGGAUCCAAGAAAAGUGGAGGCAGUGAAGAAUUGGACCGUCCCCAAAACAGUUAAGGAUGUGCAGGCAUUUCUAGGUUUUGCUAACUUUUACCGCCGAUUUAUACGUGGAUUUUCGGAACGGGCUUCUCCCCUUACUAGGCUGACGUGCAAGGACAUAUCAUUUGGAUGGACACCCGAAGCUCAAACCGCCUUUAACGCCCUGAAAGAAGCCUUCACCAUGGCUCCUAUUCUUACCCAUUUUGACCCUGAGAAAGAAAUUACUGUGGAAACCGACGCAUCUGACUAUGUCUCUGCCGGUGUACUCUCCCAAUACGAUGACAAGGGUACCCUUCCACCUGUCGCAUACUUCUCAAAAAAGCACUCCCCCGCCGAAUGCAACUACGAGAUCUAUGACAAGGAACUACUGGCAAUUAUUCGGUCUUUUGAGGAAUGGCGACCGGAGAUUGAAGGAGCUGCACACCCAAUCGCCGUCAUAUCCGAUCAUAAGAAUCUCGAAUACUUUAUGAGUACCAAACAACUCAACCGGAGACAAGCACGGUGGGCAGAAUACCUGUCACGGUUUAAUUUU